AGCCAGUCGGACCGACGCGGCCGCCCGGCUCAGUGGGAGCCGUCCGGUCUUACCGCUACGGAGGGACACCGCUCGCCCGUCGGAUAAAGUGGGAUAAAGUGCAACAUGGCGACCGGAGGAAAGCAGUGAAGUCGUUAGUGGAGUCGAGAGUGACUCCAGCCACAGUCUGUCCCCGUCACCCGGCUCGUCUGUCCCCAUCAUCAUCAAGUGUGUGGAAGCGAGUGAGACAAGGACACAGUGGCAGUUACAGGAAGUCAUCCGGUCUGGUAGAUCAUAACAUGGGGAACCAGCUAACAGAAAUUGGCCCCAGCUUCCAGGCUCUUCACGUUGUGGUGAUCGGUCUGGACUCGGCAGGGAAAACCUCCCUCCUUUACAGGCUCAAGCUGGGGGAGUUUGUCCAGACUAUCCCCACCAAGGGCUUCAACAUGGAGCGGAUCAAAGUGCCCACGGAGAACUCCAAAAGCACGGCGUUCCAGGUGUGGGACGUGGGCGGCCAGGACAAACUGCGGCCUCUGUGGAAGUCGUACACCCGGCGGAUGGACGGGCUGGUGUUCGUGGUGGAUGCGGCCGAGGCAGAGCGCAUGGAGGAGGCCAAGGUGGAGCUCCAUCGAAUCGCCCGGUCGGGGGAGAACCAGGGAGUGCCCCUCCUGGUCCUGGCCAACAAGCAGGACCUGCAUGGAGCCAUGUCGGCCGCACAGGUGGAGAAGCUUCUGGCUCUCCACGAGCUGAGCCCGUCCACGCUGCACCGCACACAGGGCUGCUCGGCGCUGGACGGGCAGGGCCUUCAACCCGCCCUAGAGAUCCUCCACGAGAUGAUCCUGAGGAAGAAGAGGAUGCUCCGACACAGCAGGAAGAAGAGAUGAUGCUGGGACGAUGAAGGUUUGCUCUGACACCUCAGAAGGAGAAGCCAGAAGAUGUCAACCGCCGACGCCAGACAUUUGGGAUUCUUGUGUCUUCCCAUGUCCCCAUCCUGAAAGGAGCACAGCAGAGACAAUUCCAGUGAAGGGGACCAGAUGAAAAUAUGUGCAAUGCACGAUGAACACUCACUCCAAUGUUGGAGUAUAUUUUCUACCACAACUUAUGUAGUCUGCCGUGCCAACCACAGACCUGCUGGCCUGAGCCCACUUCAAUGUCCACAUGGAUGUUGGACGUUUACACAGAAACCUGCUUAAGGAAUACUGAGACAAACAAAGACUGUGGCUCAUUUCUAGGUGUGUAACUGGCGGUAUGUCCUCUGUCUACUGACACUGUGCUGCUGCAGAAUCCAGCUGUUAGUUUAGAUCACGUGUCACUCCUCACCAAACCGUUUAUAUCAUCUUCCAUUCAAUAGUUGGUUGGUUGGUCAUUUCAAAUUAGUCAUUUUUUAUGCUGUGUGCAUUUAGUUUAGUAAAAAGUCAACAUGAAUAAAUUAUUGAGCAACUUUGGCAUCAAUGAAUGUCUUUAUUUAAAGAGUUUGCGUUGAUGACUGACAGGUGCCUACUAAUGUCAGAAUACGUCCACUAAACACAUCAGCAUCUCAAACACACACCGAUGUGUGAACAUCUCGGUGCCGUGGGGACACAAUGUCUCCACGAUGACAGAAAUUCACCAAACCAGCUCCAGGCAGUUGCUGCCAUGCUGGUCAGGACCUGGUUCUUCUAGUGUUGGACUGCUAUGCUGGUCAGGACCUGGUUCUUCUAGUGUUGGACUGCUAUGCUGGUCAGGACCUGGUUCUUCUAGUGUUGGACUGCUAUGCUGGUCAGGACCUGGUUCUUCUAGUGUUGGACUGCUAUGCUGGUUAGGACCUGGUUCUUCUAGUGUUGGACUGCUAUGCUGGUUAGGACCUGGUUCUUCUAGUGUUGGACUGCUAUGCUGGUCAGGACCUGGUUCUUCUAGUGUUGGACUGCUAUGCUGGUUAGGACCUGGUUCUUCUAGUGUUGGACUGCUAUGCUGGUCAGGACCUGGUUCUUCUAGUGUUGGACUGCUAUGCUGGUCAGGACCUGGUUCUUCUAGUGUUGGACUGCUAUGCUGGUCAGGACCUGGUUCUUCUAGUGUUGGACUGUAACUCAAACACUGCAGCUCGUUUCUGUAAAGUGACGGUGGGACGUUGAAGCAGACAGACUGAUUUUCUGUUUCCUGUUCCAGGACUUUUUUCAGAGAACCGUCUGCUUGUAUUUGACACUUCCUGAUGUUCUCGCAAUACAUUAUUUUACUGUGAAUACCGGAUGUAGUUCAUUUUCUUCGCUCUCGGUAUCACUGGGGCCACUUGACAACUACUCAUCUGACUCUAACAUUAGUUUAUUCAGCAACAAAAGUCAACGUCCUCCACUCUAGAGUCCACUUGGUGCGUCCACCAAGCCGGAUUAGAAGAAUGGAGACACGCUUCAUGGCCGCCAUCUUUCAAGGUUCGACGCACACGUUUAAGUAACGAAAAGCUCUCAAAUCUGCUGUCGCUCCCCCACACACCUGCAUUACUGCUACUACAUGAAUCUAUAUGUACCUACAAAUGAAUGUAGUUAAGAAAUAAAGGACAUGCAAUCGUU